GUUUACUCGCCCCCAUGGCAUCUCGCUCUAAGCCUAUAAUGAAAGUCCGUUUUUGUCCGACCUAGGAUACGAUCAACAUGUUUAUUACUUCUUCUAACUACCACGCGACCCGAAGAACACAGCGUAGAUGCAUUGACUGGUCUAGUUGUUGAAUUCCUUGAUUUCCACCCUAAAUUUUUGAUGUAAUCGAACCGAUUAGAAUGCCCUGAAAGUUGUAGAGCGACUUUGAUGUAAACUAUAAAGGACUGAUCUUCACUCCGGAUUGAAUCAUCGUAGAUAGCAUGGCUGCAUUUUGGAGGUGUUUUUCGUUCUUGUUGUUUGCUCUACCUGUUCAUACAGCAUCACCAGAUAAAAAUGCUAUACUAGCUCAGCUCAGUAAUAGUGGCGCAUGUUGCACGGCUCUAAACUACUUCUUACCCGGAAAAGUACAUUUCAACAACAUCACAGAUCUCGGAUACCAAUCCUCCCAGCUCUCACUCUGGUCUGCACAAGAGCAAAGUCUCCACCCAACAUGCAUCGUAAUUCCGACCAGCACCCAGGACGUCUCUACCGCAGUUGCUAUUCUCAGUGUGGCCUAUCAAACCUCCCUCAAAGGCUGCCAGUUUGCUGUGAGAAGCGGGGGGCAUACUCCCCAAGCUGGCGCCGCAAACAUCGAUGGAGGAGUAACCAUUGACCUCCAGGGUAUGAAUCAGGUGGCCGUAUCGAAUGACCAGCGAAUUGUAAGCAUUGGGCCAGGAAAUAGAUGGGGCAAUGUGUACUCCUCUCUUGACGAUUUGAAUCUUGCUAUGGUAGGUGGUCGCGUGACACCUGUUGGAGUCGGUGGUCUGAUGACAGGAGGAGGUGUAUCAUUCUUUUCUGGCCGCUACGGCUUUGCCUGUGACAACAUCCAGACUUUCGAGAUCGUCCUUGCAAACGGCACCACUACAACCGCAACCCGUACCUCUAAUUCUGAUCUGUUCCGCGCUCUCAAAGGUGGCAGUAACAACUUCGGUAUCGUCACCCGACUCGAUGCAAAGUUAUUUUCCCAGACUCCAUUCUGGGGUGGCACGGUUGCUCAGCCAAUCACCAACAAAGAAGCCUUCUUCGACUUCUUUUCAAACUUUACUGUCAGCAAAACAUAUGAUCCAUAUGCGGCGUUGAUUUCGGAUUUCGCAUGGAUAUCAGGUGUACCAACAAUCGUCCACAACAUCGCUUACACAAACGGGGACGCGAUAUGGCCGCCUCCAGCCUUCGCGCUACUAGACGCAAUGCCAAAGACAGCAACCACAAUGCGAAAGGACAGAGUCUCAAGCUUCACGAAUGAGAUCGCAGCUGCAGCUUCCUUCUCCACAGGACGCAACAAUCUCCUCAUGACACUAACCUUUACUAACGACCGGAAUCAAGCACCAGAUUUCAUGGCCGAAAUUUACAACCUUGCAGAUGCAACUGCGCAGGAGUUGAUUCUGAUCGUCGGGCUUGUGGUCACCAUGACGUUUCAGCCGUUGCCAUAUUCCAUAUACUCGAAGUCCGCAGCCACAGGCGGCAACGUGUUGGGCCUUGAUCGUUCUAGAGAUGAUUUGAUCAACUUACUUUUCACGUUAUCAUGGCAGCUUUCCACAGAUAAUGGGAGGGUCAACGGAGCUAUGGAAAACUUGGAGAGUUCAAUUGUUUCUAGAGCAAAGGAGAGGGGAUUAUCUAACGAAUUCGUGUAUCUAAAUUAUGCGGCGGAAUGGCAGGAUCCGAUUCAAGGGUACGGUGGAGCGAAUGUGCAAUUUUUGAGGAGUGUGAGUAAGAGGUAUGAUCCUAAAGGAGUGUUUCAGAAGGCAGUCCCUGGAGGGUUUAAGUUGGGGAUUUGAGGGUGAUGUUGAAG